GCCGACAUCGACCAUUCCUCAAGCAGGCCACAUUGAAAAAUGCAGAAUCUGACCAACUUUCCAGGCAAUGCCACCAACUCACAGAAGAGCCUGUCUGUGAUAAUCAAGGUGUGUGUGGUGAUCCCCUUCUUCUGCAUCUUCCUCUACUGCAUCGUGGUCAUGCUGCACACGUUCGCCUCCCACAGACAUUUCCUGGACAACUCCCGCUACAUCCUGUUUGCCUACAUGCUGAUCAACGACACUCUCCAGCUCCUCUCCUCUGUCCUCCUCUUCCUCUUCAUCAUGGGAAAUGUGAAGUUUGCCAUCGUCUACUGUGCACCUCUACUUUUCUUCUCCACCUCUACCUUCCAGAACACCCCUCUGAUCCUGGCAGCUAUGUCCCUGGAGCGCUACGUGGCCAUCUUCUACCCUCUGCAGCGCCCGGCUGCCUGGCGCGCUGACCGCAUCUGGGUCAUCAUCCUGAGCCUGUGGCUGGUCAGCUGCAUCCUGCCCAUUGUGGACUUCUCUCUGGGAGAGACUAAGCCUGGCAUGAACGUCUUCUCCACCCCGGUGCUCUGCAAAACCGUGGUCCUCAACUCAUCCCCCGUCCAGACACUGUUCAAGGUGUCGCUCAACGGUCUGUUCUUCACUGUGGUGGCGGCCAUCAUCAUGUUCACCUACAUGAGGAUCCUGCUGGAGACCAGGAAGAUGCGUCAGGACCGGGCAUCGGUGGGCAAGGCCAUGCACACAGUGCUGCUCCAUGGUUUUCAGCUGCUGCUGUGCAUGAGCGCCUUCACCCACCCGGUCACAGAGAGCCGCAUCAGUAUGCAGGCCGGCUGGCUGCAAGAGCACAUCUCCUUCUUCAACUACUUCUGCUUCAUUCUACUGCCACGCUUCCUCAGCCCGCUCAUCUACGGCCUGAGAGAUGAGUCCCUAAGGGGCUACAUGAGGGGAGCUGUCCUGUGCUGCUCACACAGACACAGGAUCAGCCCCAGAGCCCUGGCCACCAAGCCCAGGGUCAAAUGA